AAGCGAGCAUAAGUAUGAGAUAAGAACCAAUAUAUAUGUAUAUAUACUUUGGUUUCUGUCUAGAUAUGCGGCUUUGACAUGGCGUCAGGUUUCAUUGCAGGUGUCUGUGGGCUUUUGUUCCUCUUCAUCGGGCUAUCAAAUGGUUCCGAUCCCUGUAAAAGCUACAUUUCGUUUCCCUAUCUCGAGAAGAGAAGUACCAAUUAUACUCUCCCCACGGCUGAUGAUUCGCUGAACGACUUCUACAUUGAUGCAAGUAAUGAUUGGUUCGGCGAAGAAGGGUACGAUCUGGUGUUAAGUGUUCCCCCACCUGGUGAUGGACGUUGCGGGACUACAUACCCUUUAUGGGUUCGAGGUAAUGAAGACACGCUCCCUCGUGGAGGUAUGAACAAGACAGUUGAGGUGUGCAUGAAAGACGGCCCGGAUCGAUGCUCCAUGACAUUCAGGAUAGAUGUAAAGGAUUGUGGUACGCUUCGUAUUUAUCAACUGAAGAAACCGCCUGUGUUUGAAGCUGCAUAUUGUGUUGAUCUGACAGACCCCACAAAACCAAAAACAUCGUUCAAGGUUAAGCCCACUGUGCAAGUUGACGUGGAAACCGACGCAGGCAAGAAGGACCACUUCAAGUUCACAUGCACGUUUGCGAAAUCUCAUGAUGACUUGUUGUACCAUGUCUUGUGGUAUGUUAACGGCGGAUUAAUACAUUCCUUCCCUCCUAAACAUUGGUCGAAUACGUUCGUUGAUCACUCAGCUCUUACGGAAGACAUCUUAAUCACCAAUGGUUUCAUUACUCCUGGAUUUCAGGUUCAGUGUGCGGUAACGGCUUCUCUGGGUGAAGGGUUCCCCGCUGGCGGACGUAUCUUAAGCGACGAAAAAUUCAUCGGUAUCAAGAUUCCAAGUGGCACUGUCGCUGUGAAAGAAGGAGAAACUGUGAUGUUGAACCUCACCUUAACUGCCCCACUUGGAUGUGGACCACUGCAUGACUGUUCCAUGGAAGUAUUUGUGGUAGCCAGGAACCAACCAGGGGCGUGUGACCCAUCUGCCUUCAUCAGGACUCAGUGUGGGCUAACCGUCAAGGGGUCUUCGUGGCGCACAGUUCGUCAUCUAGAAAUUCAAGGGAAAUUGACCACGGGCUACAAUGCCAAAACAGUGUUGAUAAAGUUGUACUUGAAGACAGAUAACCUCGUGAUAACUCAUCCUUUCUGGUCGAACUACGAUAUUGGAAGCGUGACGGUUCAAGUCGAAAAGGAUGUUGUUGUCAACAAGCUAAGCAUCUGCCAUGCUGUGCAGGAUCCACACAUGAGAACCUUUGACGGAAGGUAUUAUGAAUUUCAUCAGCCUGGGGUGUUUGUAUUAUAUAAACACGAUGAACUGGAAUUGGAGGUUCAAAUGCAAGUGUCUGUCUGUUUUCCAUCGCACACCGUCCAAUGCCCCUGUGGUAUAGCAGUUCGAGCUGGACAGACCAUAUUCCAUAUCGAUAAAUGUAACAGACCAGACUGGAGUAUUGACUUCGUGUCCUGCAAGGAUGGUAAAGACCUCAUCAAAGUCUUAAAGAGUGGCUCCCACUACAAGAUAUAUUUGCCAACUGGAUCCUAUCUGGAUAUCAACAUUAUUCCUACGUCCAAGUUCUUCGAUAUUACCAUGUAUCCUUCAUAUAACGAUCUUGGAAAGGUGGCUGGACUGUGCGGAACUUUUACCAAUAAAUGUGAAGAUGAUUUCAAGAAACGCGAUGGAACCUUCGAAACGGACCCCAAAGCCAAACAUGCAUGUGCAAAUGGAAACAGCGCAGACAGAUUUGACAGCUUCACGUCCAGUUGGAGGGCCGAUGUGAAUCUUUUCAACCAUGACGAUUUCCAUAGACUGAAACAAUGGACGUCUCCCAUGAUGCUUUGCACAUGUGUCUAUCACAACAGGUUCCCGCAAAAACUGAUGGAAACAGUAACAUGUUCAUCGGAAUUGAACAAAGAUGUGUGUAACUUCAACGAACUCUUUCUGCCGCUACCCUCGUCCUUCAGGCAAUGCGCAGUUGAAACCAACAGAAAAAAGCGGUCCGCUGUUCAUCGUCAGAUUUACGUUGAAAAAAGAGAUGCGGAGGACACUGCAGCAGUGACAACAUGGACAACAGCAGCAGUGACAACAUGGACAACAGCAGCAGCCACAACCUACUGUCAUGAACUGUUCAACAAUUCCUCUCCAAUAGCUGCUUGCAGAACUGUGGACAGCUUGUCUGAUAUGAUACGAGAACACGAAAACAACUGCAUCAUGGAUAUAACUGCAAUCAAUGCUGUAGACUUCGCAAGCCAUUCGCUCGAAGCAGCCAAAUCUGAAUGCAUUCACGAAGUGGAGAUGAAUUCAACGUUUCAAACAAAGACAGCAUCUGGUGUACCAUCCUUCCUAAGCACUUUGUCGGCCAUGACAUGUACUAACGAUUGCUCUGGUAAAGGGAUAUGUCAAAAUGGUCGAUGCUCCUGUAACGAGGGCCUGGGGGAGAUGACUGUUCCGUUGACAAGACCCAACCUCCCGUCAUCAGUGGCAUCAGCGGUGACGGGCACUGCGAUCUGGCGUCAGACAUCUGCAAUGAGACGUCGCUGUUUGGGCCAUAUUUUGACGAAUAUGGACAAAUUCGGUGUCGAUUUGUACCCUUCACUAUACGUGCUGAUGGAACACAAAAGACCGGCAUAGUCAGCUACUCCAAACCCGAAGUCGAGAGCUUUACAGAAGUCAUUUGUAUCUUUCCAAAACAACGAAAGAAGCGCUCCCUCAGCGUUCAAACCCCUGAAGCCGAGUUAGGUUCUGGGUUCAGAAUAUCUGUAGCUAACU